GGGCAUGGCUCUAGUCUUUUGGUUCGUUGGCCAAAAUGUGAAGUGUACUUGUUAUUUGUAUCGGAUGUCACGGUCAGGUGACAUGGAGCCUGUCACAUCAUUCGCGUGGCUUAAGAGAACUCGCAGACUAGCGGUCUCUCUGAUUAGCGCUGACUCAUCUUCAGCCUCCACUAUAACUUUUCUCCUGACAUCGGAUGACAUUCAAAGUAACACAAACGGUGUCUCCUGUGUUGGACGUAGUUGUCGACCGGGAUCUCACAUCAAAAAGUGCAAAAGGUGGGAUUACUGUUAACUAUUUUCAUGUAGAUUUACGUUAAGCCUUGUACCCACAAGGUUUUUUAUUAUUUGUUGAUUAUUUUUUCUAAUAUUAUGCUCCUGUACUUAAUUCAUGUUUUUGUUGGUGUUCUUAUCUAAUGUGCAUGGCUGUAGAGUGUAAGUGUCACGUGCCCCUUGUCGGAAAUCGUUCCAGCGAUCGCGAAAUGGCAGAGUGUCUGACAUUCAGUAGUGAGAACACUGUUUUGCUAGAAAAACAGUUGUCAUCAUUGUUUAUAUUCCUAUUAUAAGUUUAUGACUAUAUCACAUCACGACAAACAUUGAAACCAUAUGAGUUGUGCGAAUGCUGUCUGUAUUGGUAGUUAUUUAAUUGACACGUGCUGCUCUGCUCGUUAAGCUAAUCCUACUGGUAAAGCAAUCUAAAGCCUGAAAGUAAACUCGAGCAUUAGUUAAGACCCACCUAGACCCUGACCUAGAAACCUUCUGAUAAGACUGUCAGACCUAAACUGUAAACUGUAAAGACCUAAACUGUAAAACCUAUUAACUGAAAAUUGUUAAAACACGCGGUCGCCGACGAGACACACACUAUGUACCGACCAUCACCAUGUAGCAAUGACUAAUUGUAUUUACAUCUCAAUACAUGAACUGUGACCAGCAGGACUCUUUGAAUUCUUGAGUUUAUGGACAAAAAAUUCUAUAACUUUGGGGAAAUCCGUUUCGCACACUGGCUUAAGCCACAGUGACUCGAUGCUUGGCAGUUGUGUCAACAAACUUACACAGGUAAACAGAACUUACAGGUAAACAUCCGGGUCACUCGUGACUAGAUGCGCGCCAUUAUGGAGAGAAGCAGCAGCGAGGUCAGUGACUAAUUAUACUUACGUGUUUGUUUAGAAGAAUAUGUAAAUUGUUUCUGUAAAUAAUUAUCGUAGGGAUUAUGGAGUUUAUGGUCAGAUAUCAAAUAGUAAUCAUCUCAUCAAAAUACACUCCCGCUGAUCAGUCCCACUGCAUGCAGUACAAGCGAGACGCUAUAGAACAGACCUGGGCAAACGCCGGCCCGCGGGCCGGAUCCGGCCCGCCUCCUGUCUCUGACCGGCCCGCCUGCUGGCUCCCACCAGUAAAUAUACUAUAUAUGCAGCAUUGGGUAAAACUGAGUUAACUAUAUUAGUCCGGCCCUCUAGAACCAUCCCAGUUUCUCAUCCGGCCCCUUGGGAAAAUUAAUUGCCCACCCCUGCUAUAGAACUUAUCUGUUGACCCCCUUAACCCUGUUGUAAAAUGUUAAGCAUGUGACUAUUUUAUGUUUUAGCCUGUUUAUUAGGAAUUUUAAAUUAUUGGCAAGUUACCAUAAAUUACAAAACAUUACAUACCAGUAACAGUAUGGACCGAUAGGUUACCUCCCUUGAAGUAGAUGCCAUUAUUAUGUACACAAAAAGACAAAACUAAAAUAAGUGUUGUGGAUGUGUAGCAGGUCCCACGAAGAUCAAGUAGACAACAACAUUCAGCACCAUGACUGGUUUCUUGUCCUGACAAAGACCAGGUACAGACGCCGCCUACAAGCUUAGUUGAGUAAAGGGAGACCACCGCCAUGUCUGGUCAUCCACCACCGGCUUCACAAAAAGGCAGUCGCCGGAGUGGAGCAGGAGGUGGUGAAGAUGUUAGGGCAACAAGAGGAUCUGGUAGAGGAGGCAGAGGUCGUGUGAACUUUUACCUGCACGCCGUGACUGAUGAACAGGCUGCUGUCCUCACUGACGACAGUAACCAAUGCCUACUCCAGGAGGUCAAGAUACAAACAGGCGCUGACGUAAAGUUCGACUCUAACCCCUCACCUGUACCAGGUAUGAAGAUUGUCGUCAUCCGAGGUGUUCCAGGUCAGAUUGAGGCGGCAGUCAGAGUCAUCAGUGAGAAGACUGGCUUUCAGAAUGGAUCUAAACAGGAAACCAUCACAGCACAAGCCCAGACAUUCUGGCUCCGGUGGGUUGAGGCCGCGUUCCCUGAUCUCGACUCACGCGCCUACUUCCUGCAUCCUGUCUACGUCAACCACGUGCCGAUGACUAGACAGUCGGUAUCUGGUCAGGAUGUUCUGGUUUUUAAUCUGUCAUCCAGUCAACGUGUUGGACUGAACCAAGCGACGAUGAUUCCAUCCACGGCUGCUCAGGAUUCUAUUUCGCAACCUUCUGUUCAGGAGAGUGACGUGAGACAUGAUAAAGCCAUGGAGCGGCUGCUCGUCUGUCUGCAGACGAUUUCAGAAGAAAAUAAAGAAGUCUUAGUUGGAAAAGUCAGCUGAAGUUCGGACAGUACCUAAGCGAACCCUUCUACGCUGCUGCAGCUGCCCACUUGCCUUCAACUAAGACCUUUCCGAGUGGUUUGUCACAGGACAGACAGGGAGACUUUGAUCUUCUCCUCAUUCAUCGACUUCAUGGUCUUGUCGUCUGUCAAGUGAAGGCUUUUGGAGAAAAUUGGAACAAACGUGAUAUGUCACAACAAGAUAUAUGCAGGAACCUUAAGAUAAAACUGAAACAGGUCAUACAAUCGUUAAACAAGGCGGAGGCCAUGUUGUCUCACCUGGUGUCCGACAUCGCUCCCGGUCUGCGCAUCACUAAGACCAUCGCUGUCCCCAACAUCACAGCUUAUCAGGUGCAAUGGGCUGUCGCUGAUGACACCGAUCUCACUCAAGAACUGUGUCAGUGUCUGGGAACAACAGACCCCGCCGACAUCCCAGGUCUGUGUCUGUGC